AUGAAAGGAAGAGAAGAUCAUUACAGUCGUUCAAGGUAUAAACUUCAUGGUCGUGACAAAAUUAUCGAUAAUUAUUUUAUCAGUCCAACAAUAUACCCGUUACCAGGUCAAAAUUUAAAUAUUCUCAAUUAUUUUCUACGAAAAGACAGCAUGAAACAAGUGGAAGACAAUGAAUCAAUGGCUAAAAAAAAGAAAGUGAUUUUAUAUAAUCAAUUUGAAAGUAUACCUCGUCAAAACAAAAAUUAUUUAAUUGUCGCCUACACAGAUGUUUUAGGACAACCUCGUUUUUGUUCAACGUCAGAUAAGACGAUAUUUGGUGAACAAUGUCCAUAUUCAAAUUGUCAUUACACUUGUAAUCAUUCAUUAAUGAGUGAAGCCAAUCUUCUGUUAAUGCAUAAACAUGAUAUUAAUAUGGAUAAAUUACCCGAGAUUAGAGAUCCAAAUCAAAUAUGGCUAUUUUGGCUAGAUGAAGCAAAUGAAGAUACACCAAAAUAUGAUAAAUUACAUAUGAACUGGACAAUGUCUUAUAAAUUCAGUGCCGAAGCAUCAUUAGCAUCAUAUGGCAUUACAUUGUUAAGACAAGAACCAUUAUCUCAUAAUAAAUUUAAAAAUUGGAUUAAUCAGAAUUUUAAACAAAGACACAAUCAGGCGAUUUGUAAUUGUCAACCAAAAAAACGUCUUCAAUACUAUUAUCAAUUACGUCCAUAUUUUCCAAUCGUUGUCCGUGGUAAAUGCAUUCCAUCAAAUGAAAGCGAUCCAACUCAAACAUCAAUUGAAUUUGGUCAAAAAUAUUUUGCACAAAAAUUCUCGCUAAAAAAUAUAACAGGCAAUAAAUGUGAUCGUAAUUCAAAUUGUGAAAAAAAUCAGUUGACUACAAAUAAAUUUUAUUUAGCGUUUGAAUCACAAACAUGUUCGGAUUAUAUAACAGAAAAAUUUUGGCGAGCUUUUGCCCACGGUACGAUUCCUAUAGUAUAUGGUCCUUCUCGUGAACACUAUUUAAGAAUAGCUCCACCCAAUUCGUUUAUAUACGUUGAUGAUUACAAGAAUAAAGAAGAUUUGGCGAAUCAUUUAUUUAAAAUAGCCUCAAAUCAGACAGAAUAUGAAAAAUAUCAUAAAUGGCGACAACACUACCACGUCAAAUAUUUAGCAGAGGAUGUUGAUCCAUAUCGUUUUUGUGAAUUAUGUUAUAGGCUAAACACAAUUAACGAUCGAAUUUGGUAUGAAAAUAUGAAUGAUUGGUUUUUAGAAAAAUGUAGAUAG